GAAUCACCACACGCUGACGUCACCUGCUGCUCAAAACAGUGUACGUGCAGCGAGAAAAACAAACGUAAUGACAAUCUUACAAAAAACAUUGCAAGUGUAAUAUUAAAAUAUAAUUUAAUAACUAUUAAAUACUGAAUUUGAACAAAAAAAGUGAGUCUGUAAAUUUUCCCCCCAUUCUUCUAAAUUAAAUUGGCCUUGUUUUUAGAAUUGGGUGAUUUAAUGCUGUUAACUGAGAUUAACUCCCUUACCAGUGUGCUGAUUAUUGAACUAGGGCGCUGAUCGGGACACAUCCAGAGAUUUAGUUUGCAUUUAUUUUUCUUUCUGUUAAUUCUUCUCAUCUUGAACACAGAUAAACUCAACUGAGAUCCACGUGUCACCCUGUGAUAAACCGUUAUAAAGAUGGCGUUUAUUAAAGUCGAGAGUGAAGAGCUGACGAUUGAAGAAGCAUUCAGAGUCAAACAUGAAGAUACUGAGACACUAACAGACCUGAUGGCACUGAAAGAAGAGAACGAAGUACUGAAUGAAAUCAAAAAAGAAGAUCAAUACACGAAUCACCAUGAUUUCAAAACUGAAGAACAAUCUUUUAGUUGUUCACAGACUGAAACAACUUCCAUACAGGAAAGGGCUCAAAAGUCAGAAAAUAUAAGUUAUUUCAACUGCCAAGAUUGUGGAAAAAGUUUCACUCAUAAAGGAAGCAUUAACAGGCACAUGAAAAUUCACACUGGAGAGAAGCCUUACUCAUGCCCUCAGUGUGGAAAGGAUUUUCAACAACAUGGAGGCCUUAAAGUCCACAUGAGUAUUCAUACAGGAGAAAGGCCUUUUACCUGCCAACAGUGUGGAAAAAGAUUCAAACGAAUAGUAAACCUUGAUUACCACAUGAGAGUACAUGCUGGAAAAAGCCCUUUCACCUGCCAUCAGUGUGGAAAAAAUUUUUGCCGAAAAGGAACCCUUGAUUACCACAUGAGAGUGCACACUGAGAGACCGUACACAUGCCCUCACUGUACAAAGAGUUUCAGCCAAAAAGGAAAAUUUGAAUACCACAUAAGAAAUCACACUAGAGAGAAACCCUACAUAUGCCCACAGUGUGGAAAUGGUUUCAUUCAAAAAGGACACGUUAUAGACCACAUAAGAAUUCACACCGGAGAGAAGCCUUUUACCUGUCAGCAAUGUGGAAAUAGUUUCCGCCAAAAAGGAUGCCUUAACAGGCACAUGAAAACACACAUUGGAGAGAAGUAAUUUGUAUGCGGUCACUUGGAAUGAGUUUUAGAAGUGAAACAGCCCUUAAAUACCACCUGAAGAUUCACAUAUGAGAAAACUGCUGUAUAUUAUCACAGUGUGGAAGAAGUUUAACAGACCUGAAACACCUGAGGAAUCAUGUAAUAACUCACACUGGAGAGAAGCCUUACAUGUGCCAUCACUGUGGAAAGACUUGCAAAGCCAAAGCAAACCUUGAGGUUUAUACGGAGCCCGGGAACUCACCUGUAGGAGAAAAAAAAAAAAAAAAACGUGUGGCAACAGUUUUGCAAUUUGUCCCCUCAGUUUAUAAACCGUACUCACAAAUUCUUAAACCGUUCCCUCGGUUUAACAAAUCGUGCCCAUGGAUCAAUAAACUGUACCCACAACUUUCCAAUCCGUUCCCUCAGAUUUUGUAAACCGUACCUUCAGUUUUUGAAUCUGUACCCACAAAUUCAUAAUCCAUGCACAUGCCUAUGCAAUCCGUUCCCACAGGUUUGUAAACUCACGGAUUUGUGGCCCCGCCCCCAGACUGUACCGGCAUUUCAACCAGGCCAUCUGUUUAGGUUCGGCAUUGUAUUGUGUUUAUUAAACUUUAUUUUUCAUAGUAUAUGAGACCGUGAUUCACACUCACAAAAUAGUCUUCUUUUUUGCGUUUAUUUUACAUUAAUCACCAAUAGGAUAAACCACCGCCGCCUGUGUUUUAUCCUAUAGCCUAAAGUAAAAUAAACGCUAAAAAGAAGAAUAGAAAAUUUCUUUAAAAAACGAGCAAUACAAAACAAAUAAUGUACGGGUUAUGUUAUGUUGUGCUUCCUUUGCUCGCUAACUGAAUGCAAUGUUAUUUAAUAAUAACAUUAACAGUGAAGCAUGCAUCUAACUCUGGGAGGAAAAUGUAGUAUAAUAAAAUAAGUCUUUAUGUUCUGAAUGAAAAGUACAUAAACACAUUUCUAUACCUGUAAAAGGUUAUUUUAAAAAGAAAUCAUUCAUGAAUCAUUUUAUGAUAAACUUUUUUCUCUCUAACGUGCACUCAUUUAUUUAGCCUGUAAAUUAAAAUAAUAAUAAUUACGAUUAUUCUUAAUAUUGCUAUUAUUACAUUUAGGCUACAUAUGCAUUUAAAAGAAGCUUUUAUCUAAAACGACUUACAAAAGAAGAACAAUUUAGUCAAAAGUCAGCCAUAACACAAUGCCAGGUUUAUUAUACAAUAAUAAUAAAGUGUUAAAGAUAUAAUAAAUAAACACAAGAUUUUGGCGCAACUCUUGCUUAUUAAAUCGUAGGCUAUGACACCUUGUAGGCCUACCCGCUACAAUUGAUAGAGAAUCACUUAAGACAAUUUGAUAUAGGCUUAUUCCACAUGAUAAUAUGUGAUAAAACAAUAUACAAUAUGAUUAACACAGGCUACCUUGGAGCUUGCUGUUCUUCUAAAAUUAAUCCGUAAGUAGAGUUUACAAAUCCGUGGAAAUAGAUUGAGAAAGCGUGCGCACGGAUUAAAAACCGAAGGUACGGUUUACAACAUGAUGAAUAUGUAAAUAUGUGCUGGGGAUUUUCCUUUCAAUAACAAAAUAAAAGUGGAGAGAAAACA